AUAUGCCUGAUCAAGAAACUCAAACCCAAGAUACUGACCCGAUUUGUGAUCAUGAGGAGGAAAUCAAUACUCGUGUUAAGAAAGAGUUAGAUAGUUUAUCUCGACAAUUGCUUGAAUUCAACGAAAAAACUUUUGACCCUUUUAUGCAAGAAAUCACUAAACAGAUUGAAGAGCGAAUUAAUGCUAAUAAUAAAUUGCGCAGUGAAAUCAAUCAACAAAAAUUAAAAUUGCAAAAAGCGGAAAAAUUACUUGCAAGUCUGAAGUCCCAAUAA